AUGCAGCUGCGCCGCACAGACGACGCGAAUGCGAAGGAUGGGGAGUGGGGCGAGGAGGUGGCCGCGGGUGAGGAAGAGGAAGAAGAGGAUUACGAGGGCGACGUGGAUUUCGGCGCGCGUGAGGGCGUCAUGCGACCAGCCACCGGGGACACCGCGCUCGAGUUCGACUGGAAGAGCGCCCUCCACAAGGCCGGCGUCUCCGGCGUCGGCUUCCUCUCCGACGCCUAUGACCUGUACGCCUGCGGCUGGAUCUCGUCCGCCGUGCUCGUCGGCGCCCUCUUCGGGCAGAUUGGCUUCGGCUUUAUCGCCGACAAGAUCGGGCGCAAGAAGGGAUUCGUGGCGACGCUGUCGCUGGUCAUCCUGGGCACGCUGGCCAGCGCGCUGGCCUUCCCCGUGGGGCCGAUCUCCAUCGCGGCCGUGCUGGCCGUGCUGCGAUUCGUGCUGGGCAUCGGCAUCGGCGGCGAGUACCCGCUCUCCGCCACCAUCACCGCCGAGUCGGCGGAGACGAGCUCGCGAGGCAGGCUUACGGCGGCAGUGUUCUCGAUGCAGGGCGUGGGCGCGCUCACGGCCGCCGUGGUCUCCUGGGCCGCCCUCCAGCUCCUGUCGGACCUCGACCUCGCCUGGCGCGUGUGCAUCGCCUUCGGCGCCGUACCCGGCCUACUCACCUUCUACUUCCGGCUGACGAUGCACGAGACGCAGCGAUUCGAGAUAGCUGCGGCGCAGGGCGGCGGCGCUCCGGCGGCCAGCCGCUGGGCGCUGCUGCGGCGGUACUGGCGGCGGCUGGUGGGCACGGCAGGCACCUGGUUUCUGCUCGACAUCACCUUCUACGCCAACGGCCUCUUCUCCGCCCAGGUGCUCGAGAUGUCCGGCAUCGGCGGCAGCGGCUCGAAGAGCGGUCAGCCGCCCACGCUCGACGAGCUGAUCACCAUCAGCCGAUUCAACAUCAUUCUGGCGCUGGCCGCGGUGCCGGGCUACUGGACCGCCGUCUACCUCAUCGAGACCCGCCUCGGCCGCAAGUCCCUCCAGGUGCUGGGCUUUCUCCUCAUGGCCAUCCUCUACUGCGUCAUGGCGGUGGCCUUCGAGGGCAUCAAGUCCAUGUACGGCGUGUUCGUGACGCUCUACGCGCUGUCGUUCUUCUUCACCAACGCGGGACCCAACACGACGACGUACGUGCUCGCGGCGGAGAGCUUCCCGACCGAGGUGCGCGCCACGCUGCACGGCAUCUCGGCCGCCGCCGGCAAGCUCGGCGCCGCCCUCGGCGCAGUGGUGAUGGCGAACGUGCUGGAGGCGUGGGGCCUGCGGGUGGUGUUCCUGGUGUGCGGGGUGGUGGCGUCGCUGGGCGCCGUGGUGACGAUCGCGUGCAUCGACGAGACGGUGGGCAAGAGCCUCGAGCAGAUCAACGCCCCACCGGUCGAGAUCGAGCUCCAGCAGUUCUCCUCGGUCCCCACGCACAUCAUCGGCAGCGACGACGACGACGACGAUCAGCUCUGA